AUUGAUACAUACCCUAUCAUUGGUCUAUUUUUAUCAUUUUUGUAGAAGUUGGUUUUACUACUACGUUGGGUCUACUGCUUAAACACUGAGAAGUUUGAUUGUUAUCAAACAAAGGUACCCUGUUCUUCAACAGGGUGCCUUUCCAAAAUGGCUGAAAAUAAACUUGGAGGCGACUGCAGACCUAGCAAUGCUGUUGUCCCUCAACAAGUUGGUCAUCAAGGAACCAGACCUCCCGAAGCCAUCAAAGAGUCAACACCAUGGGUCCAAGAAGGCACUUGCGAUCCACGCCGCGUGGUGAGUACGUCUGCCAGAGGGCGCGACGGAGAGUACCAGAACUCCAAGACAGAGAUUAUUUUCCCGCCUGCCCUGCCUGAUAUCACUGUUGAGAAAGACUGGGUCUACAUCGGUGCACAGGACCGCAAACAGCCAGUAUCUCUUCCCGCCGAUGAGGAGCUAGACUGCGAGCAGAGCCCCGUCGUCUCCUUAUGCAACCCAUGGUACAAAGACGCGGGGAAAAGUCACGCUCGCCAUUCAAUUGCAGGAUUUCCGGGAUUUCCGCAAUACUUCAGUGAGAAAAAACGCUUGCAAUCCUUCAAGAAGAACCGCUGGCCGUCCCACCUUCCAUCCCCAGAGCGGAUGGCCAAAGCCGGACUUUUCUUUAAAGGAAAAGUCAUUGUGAACGGUGUGACCUACGUUGACAUGACAACGUGUUUCCAGUGCGGGAAAACCCUUCAUGCCUGGGAGUGUGGCGACGAUCCUGUUAAAGAACACCGGCGCAUCUAUCCUAGAGAGCGCUGCUUGGACCAUCUGCCUUAGAAUCAAGUGACGGGACACACAAAAAAAAUAAUAAAAAUAUACUCUUUUUUAUCAUUUGAAUAUCUACUUUUUUCCUACCAAUAGAAUUGGCUUAGCUGGAAAGGAAUCGUGUUUAAUCAAAUUUUAAAGAUGGUCAGUCUAGAUAGCGGUUUUUCUUUUACUUGUAUGGAAGUUUGUAUUUUUCAGCUUAAAUGAAUUUGUUUGCUUAUUUAAUUAUAGUUUAGGAUGAAUAAGAAGAGUAUAUCUUUUGGGAAGGAUCAAUAUUUUAAAAGUUUAAGGAAUCUGUCCCACAAAUUAGCUAGAUAUUUCAUAGUUCCAUUAGCUUUAGUGUAAAAAUGUUGUUGCCUGGAGACCCCUUACAAUUUGGGUAUUAUUUGAAAAGAGUUUGCUAGCUGAUCACAAAUACUUAAAAUAAAUGCUCGAAAGAAAAUCAUACAUUAAGUUAGUACAGUUUGUAUAUUUGUCUUUAUUUUAACUGAAAUCGAACGCAAAUGACGUAUUUUAAUUGCAAUCUUUGGGGGCCUAAAAGAACUUACGUGUAAAAGUAUUUUCAGUAUCUGAUUUCUUUAACUCUUUUGUUUGCACACAUAACCCUUUAAAUGCUACCAAAGUGAUAUGGGGUCACCUGCGACAUCCAAAAUUCACAUAUUUGUGGGUAGGAUUCCUUAGUAGUAUUUUAAAGGGUAUUUUGGGCAUUAUACAAUACAAUAAGGCUUAUUUUUGAAAGGGUUAUUACAAUUACUUUUUAAGAUGAUAUAUUUACACAACUAUAAACUUACAACGUAUAUCUAAAUUUAACAUAUUUUUUCGGUAAGAUUCCUUUAUAUUAAAUGCUAUUUUUAAAAGAGUAUUUAUAAGGCAUUAUUAACAAAAUAAGGCAUAUUUUUGAAAGCAUUAAUACUUAUACUUUUUAAGAUGGUAUUUUUACACAACAAAGUAAGGCAUAUUUUUGAAUGCAUUAAUACUUAUACUUUUUAAGAUGGUAUUUUUACACAACUCUAAACUUACAAUGUACAUACAAAUUAUGAUAUGUAUGAAUGAACUGUUUGCAUGUUAUCAUUAAACCACUAUGUUCUACA